AUGUCGGCUACGUCGGACAGCACGCGCGUCACCACCCAUCACCAGUACGUAACCAACGGCAUGCCUGAGUCGGCACUGCUGCCGACGCCGAUGCCCCUGUUCCAUCAGUGGUUCAGGGAUGCGAUCGAUGCUGGCGUGCCCGAGCCGGAGGCCAUGACGCUGUCGACGACGGCGCUGCCCGAUGCGCCGAGCCCCGCGCAAGCUUCGUCGACCAUUGACAAGGCCCAUUGGCGCGUGCAUGCGCCGCGCCCGAGUGCACGUACGGUCCUGCUCAAGGGCGCUGACGAGCGCGGCUUCUACUUCUACUCCAAUUAUGCGUCGCGCAAAGGCGACGAGUUGGCCGCCAAUCCGUGGUGCUCCCUUUCCUUUUACUGGCCGCCAUUGCAUCGCGCCGUGCGUGUGCUUGGCCGUGCUGAGCGCGUGUCGCGCUCAGCGUCGCAGGCCUACUUCGAUACGCGCCCGCUAGGCAGCCGUAUCGGAGCAUGGGCCAGUCCUCAGAGCCAGGUGCUGUCGUCUCGCGAGGCUCUUGACGCGUGCGUCGCCGCGAGCGAACGCAAGCUUGGCAUGCCGGCGUCCGAGGAUGCGCACGUCCCUGUGCCCGAGCAUUGGGGCGGCUAUAUGGUGAUCCCGGACGAAAUCGAAUUUUGGGUCGGUCGGACCAACCGCCUACAUGAUCGCUAUCGCUACUCACGCGAUCCGAACACGACGCUGCCGCUGUCUGAUGCCAGCUCGUGGACUAUUGAGCGCCUUGCCCCGUAG